ACUUCCGGGGCGGGCCGGAAGCCGCGCCGGGCGGCGAUGGCGGGCGGCGGGGCGGCGCGGGCCGCGCUGCUGCUGCUGCUGGGAGCGGCGGCGGCGCCGGGCCCGGCCCGCGGCUCUCAGGGCGACCGGGAGCCGCUGUACCGCGAGUGCCUGGGCCGCUGCGAGCGGCGGAACUGCUCGGGGGCGGCGCUGCGGUACUUCCGCGCCCGGCAGCCACUCUACAUGGGCCUCACAGGCUGGACGUGCCACGAUGACUGCAAGUAUGAGUGCAUGUGGCACACAGUGCGGCUCUAUGUGCAGGCGGGCCGCCGCGUGCCGCAGUUCCAUGGCAAGUGGCCCUUCUCGCGGUUCCUCUUUGUCCAGGAGCCAGCCUCUGCCUUCGCCUCCCUCCUCAACGGCCUGGCCAGCUUCGUGAUGCUGCUGCGCUACAAAGCUGCCGUGCCCCCCACCUCCCCCAUGUACCCCACCUGCGUCGCCUUUGCCUGGGUCUCCGUCAAUGCCUGGUUCUGGUCCACCGUCUUCCACACGCGGGACACGGCGCUGACAGAGAAACUCGACUACUUCUGCGCCUCAGCCGUCGUCCUGCACUCCGUGUACCUGUGCUGGGUCAGGACGAUGGGGCUGCGGCGGCCGGCCUUAAUCGGCGUCUUCAGGGCCUUCCUCCUCCUCUUCCUCGCCUGCCACAUCUCCUACCUGACGCUCGUCCGCUUUGACUACGGCUACAACAUGGCUGCGAAUGUGGCCAUCGGGCUCCUCAACCUGCUGUGGUGGCUGUGGUGGUGUCUCCGGAACCGCCCCCGCCUGCCCCACGUCUGGAAGUGUGCAGUGGUGGUGCUGCUGCUGCAGGCAGGGGCUCUGCUUGAGCUCCUCGACUUCCCCCCCCUCUUCUGGGUGCUGGACGCCCACGCCCUCUGGCACAUCAGCACCGUGCCCCUCAACAUCCUCUUUUACAGCUUCCUGGUGGAUGACAGCCUCUACCUCCUGAAGGCCAACUCAGACCUCUCCAAAGCGGACUAGAGCAGCAGGGGGGGGAUGAAACACUGCAUGCCCCCCCAGGGCCCUGCUCCAACACGUGCCAAACAAAUUCCUCUCCCCCUCCCCCCACCCCAUACCCCCCAGCCGUGGACUCCCUCUUCCCCCCCGCCUUCUGAGAUGUGCUUUCCUUUCUAUCACUCUGUCCUGUGUGGGGGCCAGGAGCCCCUCUCUGGGAGCAGUGGGGGCAGUGGACCCCCCCUGGCUGCUGCUGCUGAGCCGAUUUCUCCUGCUGUGGAUCCAGGCAGCCGCGAGGUGGCAACGGCUGCUGGGGCUGCACUGCUGCGGGGGGGGGGGGACGGACGUGGGUGUCUGGGGGAGGCCGAGCACAGAGGGGGUCCCCUGGGGGGGUGUGGUGGUGCCUGUGUACGCUGGUGCCUGGGGGCCGGGGGGGUGGGAUGCUGCCUUGCCCAGCCCUGCCUGCUGCUGGGUGGCUUCAUGGGAAGGGGUACGGUGCAAUGUGUGGGGUCAGAGCGGUGCCUUGGGGUGGGGGGGGUGACCCCUGUGCAGCCCUUGGGGAGCGCCCUGGGGCUAUGCCCCCCACCCAGCAGGGUGCAGCCCCCCAGCAGGGUGUGCCCUGUGCUGUGAAUAAAGCUGGAAUUCAACCUGU